AUGCUGAAAGUACUUGCAAGAUAUCAUAAAAAUCAUCUGGAGCCAAAGACAAAAGCUGAAUUUUUUGGUUUCAUCAAAGACAAAGAGUAUGUUGAUCCAGAUCCGGUUGAUCAUCAAAGAUGGAGAAAUGAUGAGGAAAUGAAAGAAGCAGGUUAUGCAGCAGAGUUGAAGAAACUUGAAAAGUUCAAAGAUACUAGAAACGAGUGGUUUGUGAAAGAGGAGAAGAAAAAGUGGAGCAGAAAAGCCACUCCUAAAGUUCAAAUAGAGAAGGGAUCAUCUUCUCAACCACAGAAAAAACGUCAAAAGAAAAGUGUUGAGACUAUGCUUAUUGAUGAAUCAGAGGAAGAAGAUGAAGCCGAAACUGAAGAUGAAGCUGAAGCUAAAGAUGAAGCUAUAGAUGAAGGUAAUGCUGAAGGAGAUGACGUUCGUUUAUCUCCUGAAUCUGAUCAUCUGUUGAAAGCUCUUAAAGUAAGUCUUAAAGCCGAAAAAGCAGCAGCUGGGGACGAUGAUGAGAAAGAAAAACAGCUAAAGAGAAAGAGGAGAGAAGAUAAAGAUGACGAAUUGUACAAUCCAUCUCCUGAACAUGUUCUUGAAUCUCAAACACCUCUAUCAUCUGGUGGUAGGAAGAAAGCGAGUGCAACGAAAAGUGUGAUGUCUCCAAAAGCAACAAGAAGAAAAUUGGUGAAGAGGUUAGAAAAGAAAGUUAAAGAGGUGUUGAUUGAAAACAAAAAGUUGUUAGAUAGAGAAAAGAAGCUUGAGAAGCAUGUAAAGACAGUCGAAGCUGAAAACUCUUCAUUGUUACAAAGAGUCGAAUCAGAUCGAACUGAAAUUGAUAUUCUUAAAGUGAAAGUUGCUGAGUUGGAAGAAGAGAAAGCACGCAGAGAUGAACAGAACAAGUACUUCGAGUUAAAGAACAAAGAAUUGGAAGCUGCUAAAGCAAUGAAAGAACACGAGAUAUACAUGAUGAAUAAAGUGUUAGAAAAUUUGCUUGGAAAGUCUGUUGAGCAGAGAUUUGAAGAGAUUGAAGUAGAAGAGGUUAGAGCACGUCGUCAAGCUGAAAUUGAUGCUGAGAUGAAGUAUAAAGGCAAAGGUGUUGAAGAAUCCUCAUCCAUUUCUGUUGUUUCCGGUAUUUUUGAGGAAGAUGUAUUGAUUGAUGAGGUUAUAAAUGAUGAGGAAGAUGUUGAAGAGGAUGAUGACGAAGAGCAUGAUGAUGAUGAUAAAGUUGAUGAUGCAGAUGAUGUAUUCUCUGCAAGUAGUCAUAGUGAUGACGAUGAUGACGACAGUCAAGGAGGUACAGGUGUUAAAGUCACCGAAGCAUCGAAUGAAGAGAAUGUCGAAGAUUAUCUUCAUGACGAUAUGAAUGAAGAGCCUGAGGAUGCUACAGGUGAAGGGGAGAAUGUGGAUGAUCAAAAUGUUGAUAAAGUUGAAAAGUUGAUUUUGCGUCUAGAGCCUAAAGUAGAGGAAGGAGAAAUCAGGCAUACUUAUACCAUGAAUGAUAUUAUUGAAAUGACAUGUAUUGAUGAUCCUAACUUCAAGUUUGACUUUGAAGAAGAGUUGAAUGCUUUUGAUAUGAAUCAGCAACCCGACUAUCAGUACAAGUAUAUUGAGGAAGCUGAUAAUUAUGAUCGAGUUGAGGUUGAAGACUAUAGCGACGAAGAGAAUGUAAAUGCUGAUACUUCUAACUUUCCAACUCUUGUUGAAUUUUUCAGUCAAGAGAACAUAGAUGAAUUAAGAAGAAAAGUGGAAGAGUGUCUGAAAGAUAAGAACUUUGAUGGUACAACGAAAGAUGCACAGAAGGAAGAAAGAAAGAAGUGGUUUAGAAAGAGCAAUGAAAGAAAAUUCAAGCGACCAUUGAAGUAUUAUAAGAGAGACCGGGAUAUGUCAUUGGGGGAUAUUAUAAGUUGGGGCUUUCUGCCACAAGUAAACGUUUGUGCAAUAAGAAGAGAAUUUGGGGUGCAAUACUUUGAAUACAUUCAAGAUAUUAUGUCCUUACCCUGGUGGGACAUUGAGGAAUUGUCGAAAGUAAGAACGUUAGAUUAUCCUGUUAGAAAGAAUGAUGUACCCAUCUGGGGUCUGAUGAGGAUUGAAGCUUUCAGAGGAUUCAAGCACUGGAAGCCUCACUAUCCUAAGAAAGUAAAGAGAGUGGAUCCUGAAACUGGAGUUGAAGAGACGAUCUUGAAUAUAAAGAAGCCAAGAGUUAUAAAAAAACAUUCCAGUCCCGAAAAUGGAACAAGAUUUUCACAAGGGAUUUGUGUAUUGGGUGUACAGCUGUUUGACUACUAA